AUGGAGAAGCGCAGGAGCUCCCCAGACACGCCAGACAGCUCUGCCAGCUUGUCGGCGGGCAUGGAUGAGGAGUACGAUGUCAUUGUGCUUGGCACGGGGCUGAAAGAAUGCAUCAUCAGCGGCUUGCUCUCCGUCGAUGGUCUCAAGGUGUUGCACAUGGAUAGGAAUGACUACUACGGCGGUGAAUCUGCAUCGCUCACCCUGAAGCAGUUCUGGAAGAAGUUCAAGGGAGAGGAUGAGCCUCCAGCGAGUUUGGGCUCUGCAAGGGAUUACAACAUUGACCUUGUUCCGAAGUUCAUGAUGGCCAAUGGACAGCUUGUACGAGUCCUUAUCCACACGGAUGUCACCAAGUAUCUGCAAUUCAAGGCCGUUGAUGGGAGCUACGUGCUAAACAAGGGGAAGAUCUACAAGGUCCCGGCUACUGAUGUAGAGGCGCUGAAGUCGUCACUGCUGGGCUUCUUCGAGAAGUUCCGUGCAAAGAAGUUCUUCGUCUACGUGCAAGACUACGAAGAGAACGACCCCAAGACACAUGAUGGCCUUGACUUGCGGAAAUUGACUGCAAGGGAGUUCUUCGAGAAGUAUAGUCUGUCUGACGAGGUCAUCCAGUUUGUUGGCCACGCUCUGGCGCUCUACCGGGACGAAUCGUUCUACAACGCUCCUGCCUUGGACUUAGUCCUCAGGAUGAAGUUAUACGCUGAGUCCUUGCUGCGCUUCGGGGGCGGGUCGCCAUACAUCUACCCUCUGUAUGGGCUGGGCGAGCUUCCGCAGGGUUUUGCUCGCCUGAGCGCCGUCUAUGGUGGAACGUACAUGCUCGCAAAGCCAGACGCCAAGGUCGUGUUUGACGACAGUGGCAAGGCGAUUGGCGUGAGCUCGGAGGGGGAGACGGCGAAGUGCAAAAAGGUCGUAGGGGACCCUAGCUACUUCCCGGGCAAGAUUGCGAAGAGUGGAAAGGUGGUGCGAGCAAUCUGCAUCAUGAGCCACCCGGUCCCGAACACGAACGACUCGGCGUCCGUCCAGAUUAUCCUCCCGCAGAAACAGCUCAACAGGAAGUCCGACAUGUACAUCUUCUGCUGUUCGUACAGCCACAACGUUGCUCCCAAGGGAAAGUACAUUGCUUUCGUCACCACCACUGCAGAAACGGACCGGCCGGAAGCUGAGCUGGCCCCCGGCUUGAAGCUGUUGGGGCAGGUGGACGAACAGAUCUUCGACAUUUACGACACGUACGAGCCGCUGGAGAGCGGGAGUCACGACAACUGCUACAUCUCCAAGAGCUACGACCCGACGACCCACUUCGAAACCACUGUGGAGGAUGUGCUGAGCAUGUAUACCAGGAUUACUGGAAAGAUUCUGGAUUUGAGCGAGAAAGAUCUCAAUCAAGCAAGCGCAGCAGACGAGUAAGCUGACGUUGCAUUGUUUUCAUCAGUGGUAAAGGCAGAGACAGUCUGGACAAUAUCGGUUGCAAUCAACGACAGCUCACUCAACCCGCCAUCAUGGUGCUUGACUGGGGACUCCGGGUAUGUAUAUAAUCGUUGGAGUAUGUUCUCUUGACUGCCAUUCUCUUCAUCGUUGCAAUGUAAGUGCACUCCAAUCAUUCCAAAUCUCGAGACUUCCUUUUUAACCAGCUAGGGAAGCCAUCCAGUUUUUUGACUGGAUUCACUGAGAGCAAAACGGUGAAGUACCCUUUGCAUUGAGGUUGAUAGGUUAAUGCUAUACAUUCCACAAGCUCAGAUAUCCGUCUUGCAUCAAGUCGUGCUGAGAGCCUCGGAGACUCAUUGAGUUGGCGACAGCAGGUGGCAGAUUCUACAUUCACAAGCCGCCCUCCUUAGCAUAUGCUUGCACAAGACAACUGUCGUUUCCAU